AUGGAGUGCUCAUUGGAAGAUGACUCUGCAAUGCUGGCACACUUGAUGGAGCAAGAUUUCCCUGAUCCAAGCUUUGAACUCCCACUUUGUUCUUCUUCUUCUUCUGCCAUUGCUGAUUCCUCCUCUUCUUAUUGCUACUAUUACUCGUCUGAAAUCGAAAACAUCGGUUCUUACAAGGAAUUCUGUGCUCCGCAUUGUGGAUAUAGUGGCGAUGGCUUUUGUGUGAAUGAAACAGAUGCAGCUCUAAGAGUUCCAGGGCCACCAGUUUGUGCUUCUUCAAUUGGAGAUUUAGCCCAUUUGAGUGAAGAUGCAAGCAGCAGUGAGAUUGGACAGCCUAUUUCAAUGCUGCAGGCUAAGCGAAAUGGUAGAGCUUCAGUCGACGGUGUCUCCUCUGAAACCUUGAGGAAGAAUCAGGUUUCAUCGAAUGUCGAAAAGAGUUCACCGUCACCAUCGAAGAGGAUUCGGAGCCAAACAUGGCAAGAUGUCAAUGAAAGGCAGAUGGGGGAUCAAGAGCCAUCAACUAAUCCACAAAGUCUAUAUGCAAGGAAAAGGAGGGAAAGAAUCAACGCAAGACUGAAAAUUUUGCAGAAUCUGGUUCCUAAUGGAACUAAAGUUGACAUAAGCACAAUGUUGGAGGAAGCUGUCCAAUAUGUCAAGUUCUUGCAGCUACAGAUCAAGGCAAGUAGAACAAACACUUUUGGUCUAAAGAUUAAGUUUGCCAAGGCGAUCGAACUAAGUUUGUUCUUUCCACGAACACAGCUCCUGAGUUCAGAUGAACUGUGGAUGUAUGCUCCAAUAGCUUACAAUGGAGUCAACGUAGGACUUGACCUGAAGGUUUCUGCGACACAGGAACAAAAGUAG